GUCCAAGGCCCCAAAAUACACAACCUGUUUUUAAUUUAACUUAGAUAUUAUACUAUCAUAAUAUUUACAUACUAUAAUUUUGUAUAAAAAACAAUUUAUAAUAUUAAAACUACUAAAUUACCUGUUGUAACAGGUAAAAGAAAAAUAUUUUACAAAUUCGUGGAAAACAUAAAAAAGACAAGAGUGUCAUAUAUAACUCACUCUCUCUCACAGAUAUUGUGUUUCCUGAACUCCGCGGCGUAGAUCCGAGGAGUUUUUGGAAAAAAAGCAGUAGUCUUUGAAAAACCCUAAUCCUCAAAAAUCCCUCUCAAAUCUUCAGAUCUCCCUUUAACACACUUCAUAUCGUUAUCAGUUAUGGCAGGCUUGGCACCAGAGGGUUCUCAAUUUGAUGCUCGUCAGUAUGACGCCAAAAUGACAGAGCUGCUUGGUACUGAACAGCAAGAAUUCUUCACAUCAUACGAUGAGGUUUACGAAAGUUUUGAUGCCAUGGGUUUGCAAGAAAACCUUCUGAGGGGCAUUUAUGCCUAUGGUUUCGAGAAACCAUCUGCUAUUCAGCAAAGGGGCAUUGUUCCCUUUUGCAAGGGCCUUGACGUUAUCCAGCAGGCACAAUCUGGGACUGGAAAGACAGCAACUUUCUGCUCUGGAAUUCUCCAGCAACUUGAUUACAGUUUAGUUGAAUGUCAGGCUCUGGUUCUUGCACCAACCCGUGAGCUAGCUCAACAGAUUGAGAAGGUUAUGCGGGCACUUGGUGACUAUCUAGGCGUGAAGGUUCAUGCUUGUGUUGGGGGUACUAGUGUCCGUGAGGAUCAGCGUAUCCUUCAGAGCGGUGUUCAUGUCGUGGUUGGUACUCCAGGCCGUGUCUUUGACAUGCUGCGCAGGCAGUCUCUUCGCCCUGACAACAUCAAGAUGUUUGUUUUGGAUGAAGCCGAUGAAAUGCUCUCUAGAGGUUUCAAGGAUCAGAUUUAUGAUAUAUUCCAACUUUUGCCACCAAAAAUCCAAGUGGGUGUUUUCUCUGCCACUAUGCCACCAGAGGCCCUGGAGAUUACUAGAAAGUUCAUGAACAAGCCUGUGAGGAUUCUUGUGAAGCGUGAUGAGCUCACUCUUGAAGGUAUUAAGCAAUUUUAUGUCAAUGUUGACAAGGAAGAGUGGAAGCUUGAAACACUCUGUGAUCUUUAUGAGACCUUGGCCAUCACCCAGAGUGUCAUCUUUGUUAACACUAGGCGAAAGGUUGAUUGGCUCACUGAUAAAAUGCGUGGCCGUGAUCACACAGUAUCUGCAACUCAUGGAGACAUGGAUCAGAACACAAGAGAUAUCAUUAUGAGGGAGUUCCGAUCUGGCUCAUCUCGUGUGCUUAUCACUACUGAUCUCCUUGCUCGUGGUAUUGAUGUUCAGCAAGUCUCCCUUGUUAUUAACUACGAUCUGCCGACUCAACCAGAAAACUACUUGCAUCGUAUUGGUCGUAGUGGCCGAUUUGGAAGGAAGGGUGUUUCUAUCAACUUUGUCACCAAGGAUGACGAAAGGAUGCUUUUUGACAUACAAAAGUUUUAUAAUGUCGUGAUUGAGGAGCUGCCAGCCAAUGUUGCUGAUCUCCUUUGAUGUGAUUUUGGUUAUGGUGCGGGGAAUUUUUCAUUACAUGAAGUAUAAUAUAUUUAUUCUUAGGCUUAGUUUCACUUUGCGCUGGACUUUGUAUUGGAAUUGGAUUGCUGGUUCCUUGAUUUUGCCAAAGCACCAGCUGCUUUCCCAAUUUAGUAGAACUUUGAGUCGACUAUUGCAAAUUUUGUUUGGUUUAUCAGUUUGUAUGUUUAAGCAUCUAAUGACUUAAAAUUUUGUUGUUUGAAUUGACUAUUUUGGGUUUAACAGAGCCAUUUUUCUCUGGGAAGGGAAAGCUUUUUGA